UCUCUCUCUCUCUCUUCUCUCAGUGAGGCCAACUAUGGCAGACCGAGAGCGUGACCGCGACCGAAUCCGAGACCGCGACCGAGAUCGAGAUCGAGACCGAGACAGAGACCGACGCCGUGACCGUGACCGUGACGACCGCGACCGCGUCCGGAGCAAGAGGUCCCGCACGCCGGAGCGCACCAGAGCACGCCACACUCGCUCCCGCACGCGCUCGCCGGGGAACCGUUACCACUCACGCUCCCUCUCCCGCUCCCGCACUCCAGAAGACCGCUCCCACCGCCGCCGCCGCCACCACAACCGCAGCCCCUCCCCGGAGCCGCGGAAGCGCGCGCGGCGCGAGGCGACGGUGGAGGACGAGAAGGACCUGCAGAAGAAGGCGGUGUCGGAGUUCGUGGAGGGGAUUGCGAAGGAGCAGCAGAAGCAGGGGAGUGGCGGAGAGGGCGGUGCGGACGAGGAUGAGAUUGAGAUGAUGAAGAAGCUUGGGAUUCCGGUAGGGUUUGACUCUACGAAAGGGAAGCCGGUGCCCGGCGCCGAUGUGAGUGGUGUUAGGGCGGUGACGAAGCGCCAGCCGAGACAGUACAUGAACCGCCGCGGUGGAUUCAACCGGCCAUUGCCUGCAGAGUGCAAUCGCUAGAGAUUAGUACUGGAGGUUAUAAGCUAGAUUAGGCAGAAUGGAUUGCUUAUGAUUUUACAGUUGCUUAUCCAAAGUAACUUAUUCCAAUCAGACAUGGGGAUUGGCAUUCUAUCAGUGGGUUGAGUGGGAGGUUCUUCUAUGUUGGAUCACCUUUUGCCGUAUUCUCUCUUGUUGAUGAGAAAAGUUAUGGUCAUGUAUGCUCAUUCUGUAUGGUGAGAGUACCUAUAACUUCAUUGUUGUUAGGUAUUUUUAGUCAGGCGAUUUAGGGAUAUGCUUAUGCCAUUUCUUUCGUUUCACCAGGACAAUCCAAUUAGAAGAAAGAGUUUGCUUGCCA